GAUAUAGUGACCUGACCCGACUUCGACUGCAGUGAAAAAGUUUGUAGAAUGUACUGAAAGAAGAAUACAUAUUUAUUUUAAAAAGAUCUCAUCGAUUUUUAUAAUAAUGGAUAAUGAUAAUCGUGUAGUUGUACUUAUCGACAUGGACUGUUUCUAUUGUCAAGUUGAAGAAAAGUUAAACCCUGAACUAAAAGGAAAGCCUUUAGCAGUGGUGCAAUACAACCCUUGGAAGGGUGGAGGGAUAAUCGCAGUUAAUUAUGUAGCAAGAGCGAUGGGAGUAUCUCGACACAUGAGAGGAGAUGAAGCCAAGGAGAAAUGUCCAGACAUAAUAUUGCCCUCAGUACCAUGUCUUAGAGGAAAAGCAGACAUAACCAAGUACAGAGAUGCUGGUAAAGAAGUUGCUAAAGUUCUACAAAGAUUCACACCUCUCUUGGAGAGAGCUUCAAUUGAUGAAGCAUAUAUGGAUAUCACAGAGCCAGUUCGGGAAAGGCUAAAAUUGUUAAAUGUGAAUUCUGUGAAUAAAAACAUGGUACCUGACACAUUUGCUCUUGGAUAUGAGAGUAUUGGUGAAUUCAUUAUUGAUGUCCACAACUAUGGCAGUGACUCCAUUGAAUUUGACUAUGAACAUGCUAAGCAACUACUAGUAGGAGCAGUUAUUGUCAGUGAGAUAAGAGCUGCAGUUUAUGAAGAGACAGGUUACAAGUGUUCUGCUGGCAUUGCCCAUAAUAAAAUCUUGGCUAAAUUAGUGUGUGGUAUGAACAAACCUGACAAACAGACAAUAUUACCUAAACACUCCAUUAAUAUUUUAUAUAGUACAUUAUCAAUAAAAAAAGUAAAGCAUCUGGGAGGCAAGUUUGGAGACACAGUAUGUGAUACACUAAAGAUCAGAAAUAUGAUUCAAUUACAAGAUUUCACACAAAAAGAACUGCAAGUAAGAUUUGAUGAAAAGAAUGGAACUUGGCUUUAUAACAUAGCCCGAGGAAUUGACUUAGAACCAGUGCAGGCAAGAUUUAACCCAAAAAGUAUAGGAUGUUGUAAACAAUUAAGGGGAAAAAGUGCCCUUACUGACCUAGAUAGUUUGAAAAAAUGGCUUAUUGACUUAGGACAAGAAAUAGAAGAUCGACUAGAAAAAGAUGCAGUAGAAAAUAACAGGACACCAAAACAAAUGGUAGUCAGCUUUUCUACAAAUAGUGCAGACGGAAGAGAUAUCAGUAGUUCUAGGUCCUAUAAUUUUGCUAAUGAUGAUGAUCUAUGUAGUGAUCUAUUCUCAAGUAAAGCCUUGGAGUUAGUCAUGGAAACUGCUGAGGGGGUAAAACUACAAGGUGAUGAAAAAAAUAGACAAUUGAAAGCACCUAUUAAAUUUUUGGGCAUCAGUGUUGGGAAAUUUGAGGAUAAUACAGACAGUAAGAGAACUAAAAAAAUAGUAGACUAUUUUGCUGCUGGAACAUCAUUAAAGGUGAAGGAUACUGAAAGCUCUGAUGAUAGAGUGUCUCAUGUCGUUAACAAUAAUCAGCAUAAAGAGGGUAAAGAAUAUGUUCUUCAGAAAUUUUUCAAAAACACUUUAAACAAACAAGAAAAUCUUAAGAAAACUCUACUUAUAGAUGGAACAAACGAAGCAAUUGUUGAAACUAGUCUAGAAAAGCAAGAAUCCUUUUUUGCUAAGUUGCUGAAUAGUACUAACAAUAAAAAACUUAAUGAAAACAUUGUGAAACCAUUUCCUGUAAGUGCACCCGAUAAAAAACAAGAGAUAAUCAAUCCUUCUACAGCAGUUUGUGAUGUCUUAGACUGUGGCGAAAAUAGCAAUGAUACAGCAUAUUCAACAUCUACUAUAAAUGAAGAGAUCAAUAAAAGCAUUGCUCUAUUUGAGGAUGAUCCUGAAGAUUUAAAUAGAAUCAGUAAUAUGAGACAGUUACUUAAUUCUACUAUAAUUCAAGAUGAAAAUGAAACUAUAUCAGAAAAAUCAUCUGAAGACAAUGAUAAAUCUAUAGGGAGUUCAAAUGUAGAUCAUAAGAAUUCAUUAGAAUCUAUGAAUAAUGUCUCCAAUUUGAAAGAAGUAUGUUCAUCUGAAUCUAAUCCUGUUUGUGAGAGUAAUAUAGAUACAUUUCAGUGUCCAGAAUGUAAAAAAGCUGUAAAAAUGGAUGAACUAGACACUCAUGCGGAUUAUCACCUUGCAAUCAAACUAAGAGAUGAAGAAAGAUUGCAAGCACGCAAAGGAAAAAAAACUAUAAAAUCUAUUAAAAAAAAUGAGGAAACGAAAAAGAGAAUACUUGCACCUGAAGUUUUACCUGGAAAAAGCGAAGGAUCAAUAGCCAGUUUCCUGGUAAAAAUUGAUAACACUGUUCCGACAAAAACAUGCACAGAAUGUGGUAAAAGAGUGCCAAAUGGAAAAUUGGCAGAACAUCUUGACUUUCAUGAAGCCCAGAAAUUAAACAGGGAACUCAAUAAGAAAACAGUCGCUGCAUUCCCUUCAUACAGCAUUGGAAAGAGAAAACGUGUCACUGUUUCACCAGUCAAAAAACCUAAUAAAGUACCUUGUAAAUCUAUUAACUCGUAUUUUGGAUAAGCUUCAAAUGAAAUUUGUAAAUACAGAAUAUAAUAUUUUAAUUCUAUAA